GCCUCUCCCGAGUCUGUACGGAGAUGCAGCGAUGAGACAAAACUGUACUAACAAUUGGAUACCAUGAAAUUGGGGAGAAAAAGGGGUAAAAAAAAAAAUGUUUUAAAGGAGUCUGGUGGACUAGAGGUAGACAAGAGCAAAGCAACUGUUGAGGUUGCCUAUUGACUAUAAUGAUAUGCAUAUAGCCUAUUGACUAUAAUGAUAUGCAUAUAGCCUAUUGAAUAUAAUGAUAUGCAUAUAGCCUAUUAGACAAACCAACAGAAUAUGUAAAAUGACAAAUAACGUUCUCCAAACUAUAAUAGGUUGUAGGCUACCCUAAAUUUAUCCAAGUUAAUGAUAAUGAAAAGACUUCAACUCAAUUAGUUAUGGGCUGGACGUUGGCUCUCUGUAGGAUGCUUAUCACACCACUGCAUAACACCCAGCAGAUGGUGCUAAAUCCUUAUUCUUGUGGUUCUCAGUUCUGUGUUUUUGGCAGAAAAUGCGGAAGUGAAAUAAUGGAAUUUGAUGCCAUUCCGGAGGACAGGAAUAGGCAACAUGACUUUAUAUAUUACAAUACAAUAACAUUAAUAGGAAAUUAAAUAGACAAGCGGAAUAUAUCGCUCAAUCAAAUCAUCACGACAGCCGUGUUGAGAUGGAGAGCCGUCGCACAGUAACACGAAGGUCGAGAAAUCAACACACCAGAUUGAUCAAAUUAUAUCUAUUUCGGAAAGCGCCACACGCCUGUAGCCUAGGUGUGGUGCAUCCGAUGGUGGGCUCGAGGGCGUUUUGUGUCAACAAACGAAAAGUUCCACAUCAUCGCGCUCGGAUUCUUCCACGGAGGCAGAGGGACUGAAGGUGGGACGCCCCCAUGGCCCACGCCCGCUUCCCGGGAAGGAUUGCAAACGUGGCUGCUAACCUGACUUCCCCGGUGCUGGGUCGACCACUGUGCUCUAAUGGGACGCCCUGGAUCCUCUAUCUGUUCGAGCAAUGCGUGGAUAAUGUGUGGGAAUACUGGAGCGUAGUCAUCGGGCUGAUCUCAAUGUUCUGUUUCUUGCUGUCUACUCUACCACAAAUCUAUGAGGCUUAUCGCAAUGGUAAAGUGGAGGAGGCCAUGUCGUUUGGCUUUCUGCUCUUCCUCUUCAGUGGGGACCUCAGCAGUCUAAUAGGCUGCGUCCUGACCAGCCAGCUGCCCAUCCAGAUUGUGACAGUAGUGUUCUACAUCUUCACUGAUCUCCUGCUCAUCUCCCAGUUCCUCUACUACAAGAUAAAGAACAACUCAUCUAAAAAGCGCCCCAUGUUGAAGUGGUUGUGUUUCCUGUGGUGUGGGGCUUCCACUGUGGCCCUGCUGAUUCUCCCCAAGUUCAUCACUGACAACAACACCUCUGCCAACACUGAGAGUGCCUCUAACAGCGUGGAGAUUUCUGGUUAUGCCUGUGGAUACGUGGCCUCCAUAUUCUACCUCUCCUCUCGUUUUCCACAGCUCUACAAAAAUUUUAAGCGACAGUCUACAGAGGGCACGUCGUACAUGCUGUUUGCCCUGGCCAUGAUGGGCAACGGGACCUACGGGCUCAGUGUCAUUGUGGUUCUACCAGCUCUGGCCGGCUCCAAACAGGCCUUCAUUCUCAAACAUCUGGCCUGGCUCAUCGGCAGCCUGGGAGUCCUCCUCCUAGACUUCUUUGUCACCGCCCAGUUUAUCAUCUAUAGGAAGAACCACUCCGCUAAAACCAUCAAGAAGAUGAACGUUCCUGAAGUAGAACCUCUGCUCUGUGAAGAGGAGGAACUGUCCACAUUCUAGAAAACACAUGAAUGAAGGUGUAUCGUUAGAACACAUGAUUGAAGUUCUAGAGUGAGAACACAUGAUUGAAGUUCUAGAGUGAGAAUACUUGAUUGAAGUUCUAGAGUGAGAAUACUUGAUUGAAGUUCUAGAGUGAGAAUACAUGAUUGAAGUUCUAGAGUGAGAAUACAUGAUUGAAGUUCUAGAGUGAGAAUACAUGAUUGAAGUUCUAGAGUGAGAAUACAUGAUUGAAGUUCUAGAGUGAGAAUACUUGAUUGAAGUUCUAGAGUGAGAAUACUUGAUUGAAUACAUGAUUGAAGUUCUAGAGUGAGAAUACAUGAUUGAAGUUCUAGAGUGAGAAUACAUGAUUGAAGUUCUAGAGUGAGAAUACUUGAUUGAAGUUCUAGAGUGAGAAUACUUGAUUGAAGUUCUAGAGUGAGAAUACUUGAUUGAAGUUCUAGAGUGAGAAUACAUGAUUGAAGUUCUAGAGUGAGAACAGUAAGAGAUUUCCAGAAAUCGUCUCCAUAAUGCUGAGUGGAGACCUAGAAUAAUCCAACCAAUGUUCCCUCCAUUUAAAUCCAGGUGAAUUAAAGGGGGCGUCUUAUGUUUGAGGAAUGUAAUCUCAGUAGAACCAUUCUCUAUAUCUUUGUAAGGGGGCUCAUAUGAUCUAUUCCCUAUGUUUUUCUUAUUACACUAAAGGCCUAUAGGGUGUGUCUCAGUGUCACAUUCCUCUAGUCUAUGUUUGUCAAUGGUUAGAGGUCCUGUGUUUUCCAGGAUAAGAUUGUCAAUACACUCUGAACUGUUCACACAGCAUUGUCGUCUAGGUAAACAGUACAAGAAGGAAUCAUAACAGGGAUUGUUCCUGUAUGUAGGUUUAAAAAGAUCAUACAUUGCACCAAUGGUAGUGUAUCACAUUGACUAUUGAUGUGCCACAAAGUAGUGGGCUGCACCAACAGUAAUCUAUUUUUCACUUGUGGUGAAUUUGUUAUAGUUCACCUUGGUUUGUUGUAGGAGCAGAUUCCGUUGUAAUUGAAUCCCUAUAUAAGUUGUAGUUGGUAAAUUGCUUGGAGUGUUACACAGUGUUUAGAUUGUGAAUAUGCAGUGGGUUAAGCCUGAUAUCCUGUGCCUUGCAUCUACAUAUAUUUCUGUGUUGUUGCAGUGGAGGUCGGAGGGCUGUUUGACGUCUUCACACUGGUGCUUUUAAAGCAGACAGUUCUUUGGCUGAAAUCUAACCUUUAGAUAAACAUCCUCCUUUCCUUAUGUUAUGGCCCAGUUAUGUUACCUUUCAGUGGCCACAAAUAAUGGAAGGAAGGAAGAGGGAGGGUUUUUGGCAGCAUUCAGUCACAGCCUUGAGCAUUGUGUUCUCACCCCUUAUUGUGGAGUUGUAUCCAGGAACUGUUUCAUAAGUUGAUGUGCCAUAACUUGGUAACAUGGAGUCAUGAUGAGAGAAUAGAGCUACUGAUUACCGAUGGUCACAGCACUUUAUUAGUCUGUCAUGGUUGUGAUUGGUUGAUUGACACCACAGAGUUCUCUACCUUGUCUUUCAGUGGGGGUGGGGGGGUUGUUUAUCUGACCCGGGUUACCCCAUCUUGUUUGAACCGGGUGAAAAGUGAUUGUAUUCCUUUUGGAACCAGGCUGCCUCCCGGGUGUGAGCCAGGUGCCCCGCUCUGGCCGGCGGCGAAGUCGGCACAAAACAAAAGUGAUGUAAUUAAGCAUCGUGUAAUGAGUAGGAUUAUGUGUUUUCAAAUGCUAAAGUGAUUACUAUUGAUAAAAACAAUCCUUUAUCUGCCUUCCCAAUAAAAACUAGUUUGAAAA